AUGCGGUUUGCCAUUACUUCGGUGCUUCUUUUAUCACAAGUCUCAUCAAUCACUGCAGGAUACGAUCAUGAGUCUACUCUCAGUAGCACGUAUGACUUCGUGAUUGUGGGUGGCGGAACUACUGGUCUCAUCCUCGCAGAUAGGCUGAGUGAGUCUGGUGAUCAGAAGGUACUCGUGCUGGAAGCUGGACCUGAUCCAAAUGUUGUGGCCAUGCAUCAAGCGCCUGGUGCCGUUGAAUACAUCGCUGGUACGGCCAUCGACUGGAACUUCUAUACGGAGCCUCAAGAAGGACUCGAUGGUCGUAAACUUGCAUACCAUCGCGGACGCGGUCUUGGUGGUAGCAGUAUCCUCAACGGACUCUACUACGGACGGGGCUCGGCUAAUGUCUACGAUCAUUGGGUUGAGCUAGGGAAUCCAGGUUGGAGCUGGGAAGACGUGUAUCCAUCUUUUAUCAAGGGUACUCACUUCAAUGCUCCCAAUAAUGGAACGGGUUACAACCAAAGGUAUCAGACCUGGGACCCCUCAGCAUAUUCCAAUGGUCCACUAGAAAUUGGUUACCAAGGAUACGUCCCACCCUCGAGCAUUGCUUUCAUCGAUGCUUGCGCAGCGGUCAAUAUCCCCAUAGUCCCGGACCUCAACAACGGGAAGAACGUUGGCGUUAAACAAGGAACUGCCACUCUGACCUCAAAGUACCGACGUAGCUCAGCCUACGACUAUUACAAGGCAGCCAGCAAACGGCCUAAUGUCGACAUUCUUCACAACGCCCCUGUCCAGCAGAUCAUCUUCUCAAAGAAUGCUACUGGAUUCCCCGUUGCGACUGGUGUCAACUUCAUUGAUCACUCUCAAGGUCGUCACCGCACUGCUACCGCUUCAAAGGAGAUUGUCGUCACCCUGGGAACUUUUCAGUCGCCCCAAAUGCUGAUGGUCUCGGGUAUUGGCCCGGAGGCCACGCUUGACGCUUUCAAUAUAGAUCCAGUUGUCAUUAAUGAAAACGUGGGACAGCACAUGAUGGAUCAUAACCUGUACAGCAUCUCAGCCACAGUAGUUCCCGAAGCUUCAACUCAUCAGCUUAUGUUUAACUCAACCACCGUCGAAGCCUCGCAAGAGGAAUACUACACCACUGGCAAGGGAGUCUACACAGCACCUGGAGGUAUUACCAAUGGCUUCCAAGAGCUGUCAAAUACACAACUUCGAAACAUUGGUGCUGAAGCCGUCGUCGAUGCUGGCCUUACCAACCGGUCUACAGUAGAGUUCCUCUUUGAAUCCUUCUUCUAUCCUAAUAGUCCAGGUCCCACCUACGAACCAUCAUCUGAUAGCUCGUACAUAUCUAUCUCUGUCUCGAGUAUGGUUGCACUAUCUAAAGGCAAUAUAACCAUCCAGUCCAGCGGCAUGUCCGAUGCCCCCAUCAUCAACCCCAACUACUACACUCACCCCGCUGAUCGCGCUAUCGCCAUCAACGCAUUCCGCGACGCACGGAAGAUCCUUGCCCAUUCUGCUUUUGCAAAUUUAACUGUCGGGCCUAACCAUGGAGAGGUUGCUCCAGGUGUUUCCAACGUUGCUUCGGACGACGAUGAGGCUAUUUUUGAGUACAUCAAAGCUACAACGGUUCCUAAUUGGCACGCUUCUGGAACUAAUCGCAUGCUUCCACUCGAGGACGGCGGCGUUGUCGAUUCCCGACUUCGAGUCUAUGGAGUGCAGGGCCUGAGAGUUAUCGACAGUAGCAUCAUGCCGACAGUUCCGGACGUUAAUAUCGCUGGCCCGGUGUACAUGUUGGGUGAGCAUGGUGCAACUAUGAUCAAAGAGGAUUGGGAUAUCUGA